UACUGUCAGUUGUUACUCAGCAUUCGUUGGAUGUGCAUGUUAGUGCGCUUGGAAAUCUUUGAGAGCAUUGGAAAUCACUCAGUUGAACAUUGCAAUUGAGCCAGAAUUAAUGUUUAAUAGAAAUAUUGAGAGAAACGUUUUCUAAAAGUGAAAUUAAGCCAAAACAAGUUUAAACAAUUUUAGAAGCACAAAAAAAAUUGUGACUUUGAAAAUAAGUACAGAAAAAAUUUAAAGAAAAAAAAAUAUUUUGAUGUAAAAAAUAAAAAAAAAUUAAAUAAUUUAUAAAAUAAUAUAUCAAGCAUAUUUUUUAAAAACUAACUAACUAUUUUUGGAUCAGCAAAACGUAACGUAACAACCACAGCAUCACAGUGAAGGGUGAAUUAAAUAGAAUUUCCUAAAACGCAAUUACCGCAAAUUUCUCGCGCCACAAAGUCAAAUGAAAUUGAACGCUUGAACGUUUUAUUACAUGCUCAGCUCAGUCGUGGAAGGAUAAUAUCUAAAUUUGAAAAUCUCAAUUCGAAAUAAAUUGUAUUCAAACCAACAAUAACAAUAAAUUUCAAAUUAAUUUAUAAUUAACACGCAAUCGCCAAACUCCACUGCGCCAUCUCAUUAACGCAUUUGCGUCUUCGAAAUUUCUAAAAACCCAAAUAACAAAGCAUCAGCUCAUUAUGGAGAAACACGCAACUCCGAAUCACGCUGCGGCUGGACAGCAUCAUCAGCAUGCCCACCACCCGGACAAGAUAAGCAAAUAUCUUGUUAAUACGGACAAGAGUGGCGAAUUGACAGUUACAGUGCAGGGCGACUUGACACAACAAGAAAAGCGUGCAGUCUUCAUUACAGUCCACGAUCUGGGAUGCAAUCACAACUCAUUCCAAGAAUUUGUCAGCAGUCCAUGCAUGACGGAGAUUAAGGAGCGUUCCUGUUUCAUACACAUCGAUGUACCUGGACAUGCUGAUAAUGCUGAGGCCUUACCGGACAGUUUCCAGUUUCCAUCGCUGCAAACACUGGGUGAAGAUCUCAUUACCGUUUUGGACUUUCUGCAUGUCAAAUAUGUGAUUGGCUUGGGUGAAGGCGCCGGUGCUAAUGUUCUGGCUCGCUUCGGUUUGGCUCAUCCAUCCCGAGUGCUCGGUCUGGUGUUGAUCAAUGCCACCGGCAGCGCCGCCAGCGUUUUACAAUCAUUCAAAACAAAGCUAAUACAAUGGAAGAACGAUGAUAUUGCACAAUCGGCCGAAAGCUUUUUAAUGUAUCACAAAUUUGGACAUCUACAGGUUAUGGAGCAAUUGGUUGGCGAUAAUCCGGAUAAGGAAAAGAUCGUCUCCGAAUAUCAGAAGCGUUUGCACAGCACUUUGAAUAGCAAAAAUGUGGGACUCUAUGUUAAAGCUUUUAUGAGCCGCAAGGAUCUUACAUUGAAGGGUUGCAAGAUUGAUGUCAUCUUAAUCACGGGCAUGUUGAGCCCCUAUGCUUCGAUGGUUGAAAAGUUGCACAAAGAUGUGGAGAAGGAGAAGGUGACUAUUUUGAAAAUAGAACGUGCUGGCGAUGUUUUGGCUGAUGCGCCCGCCAAAGUAGCUCAGUCUAUUUUGCUCUUCUGCAAAGGUCAAGGCAUUCUAACCUCUGUCGUUAUGCCGGGCGUUGAUCGCGGACGUGCUUACUCGACAAGUUCCGGUGGUUCGGUGGACGGACAGAAUGGUUCACGCAAACUAUCACGUGGUGUCUCCAUGGAAGAUUACGACAAGCCAAAUAUACGCCGAUUGAGUAUUAUCAACAACGAAUCACCGAAGAAGUAAACGGCGCGCUUGAGAAAAAAUAAUAUUGAAAUGCAUGAAAUUAUUGUGUGUGCAGGCGUACCCAUAUGCACAUUUUUUUGUGUAAAAUAUAUGGGUAUGCUAGUUAUAGUUCAAAGUAUUGUUAAGCUUGAAAUGUGUGGAACAAAAAUAUUACAUGCAAUGCGCCCAAAAAUCAUUAUGUUACUAUUAAGCCAAAAAAAAAAAAAAAUACAAUUAAUUAGAAAUUAUUUGAUGCUUCACUAAUUUAUCGCAUAAUAGAAAGAUUUAAAGCUGUUAGUUUAUAUUACAAAAUAUAUACUUACAUACAUACAUGUGUAUAUACAUAUGUAUAUGUAUAUAUAUUAAUAUAUGUGUCUGAAAACAAUGCCAAAGUUUAAAUGCUAAACCAAAAACUAAUAUCGUUUGAAUAUGUUAAUGUAGUAAACAUAUGUACAUGGCUAUAUAUUGAUAUUUACAACCAUAUAUACAGCACAUACAUACAUACAUGUAUAGACAGCUAUGUAAAGUAAUGAAAUCACUUCAAAAACCUGAAAACGGUUAAAUUAUUUGAAGCGUUUUGCGCACUUAAUCUUUAUUGCAUGAUUCAUACAUAUAUACAUAUUUAUACAAAAAUUACACAUAAUAUUCUAAAGUCAGCUGCAACUAAAUGACAUUUUCAUAAAUAAAUUAAAAUAAUAAUGUUUACUUUUUGCACAUGAAAAUGAAAAAUUCAUAAAAAAAUUAAAAUUCAUAAAUCAUAAAUAAAUUAAAAAAUAAAUAUUUACUUUUUGCACAUGAAAAUGAAAAAUUAAACCCACCUACAACGAAAAAGUGACCAAACAUAUCUCCCAAAAACAUUUUUCGAAAAAAAAAACAAAUUCCAGCAUAAUAAGAACAGCUCAUGGAAGAUUUGGAAACUGUCAACUACACGUAAUACCUCCAAAUGUUAACGAAAACAGUACCUUUCAAUUAACUAACAAAGUACACCGAAAACACUAAUCGAGUUUCAUUUAUGUAUUUCAAAAAAAUUUUUAAAACAAAUAUAUUCAAACUUUUUGAACGCUAUUUUAAUCACAUUUCCAAAUAUGCUUAAGAAAGAUGUUAUAAACAAUGAAAAUAUUCUCCGUAGAUUUGUAAAAAAAGCACGAAGAGAUUAUUAAAAAUCAUUAACUUGUAAAUGUAGCAACAGCUUGUUCUUAAAUAAAACCCGUUGCUUAUAAUGUUAAAAACAAUGUAGUCAAACACGCCGCAACCAUAAUUAAUUAAAGUAUAUAUGCUAUAAUUAUAUUCAUUAGAAAAUGCGUAUGGAAGCUAAAGUUGAACUCUAGCCUUGCAAUUUUCAUUUCAACGAAAAAGAAAACAAGAAAAUUUAGAAGCAAGCUCAGUUAAAAAUUGCAAGCACUCAAUUAACAGUACAUAACUUCAUUUCCACAUGGAUUGAAGCAAAUAUUCAAUUGCAAUUAGAAAAAUAUAAAUAUAUUUUUAUUUAAAUACAAUUGUAAGUAUUGCGUCAAAGCAGCGAAUCAUGUGCAAUUAUUUCACAUAAAAUUUUGUUUUUUUUUUGCAAAAAUACAAACAUAUAAUAUGGAGGCAUGUUAUAUCGGGGUAUGCGCAACAAUGCGCCAAUGCGCAUAUUUAGAAAAAAUGUAUUAGCGUUUAUAUUCAAAUUAUGCUUAUAUAAUCUAUAUUGAACGCAAUGCCACAAAGCCAAUAAAAUCACACAAAUCAAUAUUUAACAUGAAAUUAUAUUAAUCAAACAAUGUAUUGUAUUUAACUACAAAAACCAAGCCAAACUUUAACUAGAAUUGCAUUAAAAGGAGAAUUCUAUAUCAAAUUAUGUAAUGAUAAGGUGUUUAGCGAAAUGUGAAAUUAAAUUGUUUAGAAAAAGUUUAUAAGGAA